AUGGCGGCCAUGACAGAGGCACCUUCAGUUGCCCACCAUGUCGGUGGUCGGCAGUUUCAGUUCUACAACAUCAUCAUGAUCCUCGCCAUGGGCUUUGGCUCCAUCAGUUACGGCUACUCUGCGGGCGUCAUAUCGCAGACUCUGGGCCAGCCGUCGUUCCAGAAAUACUUUGACCUCGACACGCGCUCCGACGCCACGGACAUCAUCGGCCUCAUGAAUUCUCUAUACCAGGCGGGAGGGUUCUUCGGGACCUUCUGCGUGUCGUGGGUGGCCGAUAGAUGGGGGAGACGAGCUGGGAUUGCUAUCCCCUCUAUCAUCAAUGUGGUCGCAGGUGCGCUCCUGGCCGGCAGUGUCCACGUCGGCAUGUUCAUCUUCUCCCGGUUCAUGGCUGGACUGGCGGCGUAUUGGAUCGUGUCGGCCGUGCCGGUGCUCAUGACCGAGGUGGCACCCCCCAAUGUUCGAGGCAUCCUCGUCAACGUCCACGGAGCCAUGAUCAUCUUCGGGUUCGCUCUGUCCAACUGGGUGGGUUUUGGGUUCUAUCACAUCGACCAAUGGCGGGCGCCGCUCGCCUUCCAGUGUCUGCCCUCGAUCCUCCUUUUGCUGGUCAUCAUCAAGGUCCCGGAGUCGCCUCGCUGGUUGAUCAUGCAGGACCGAUCCGAGGAAGCCCUGAGGAUCUUGCAGAAACUCCACAUCCCGACCGAGGCGCAAGUCGAGUAUGCGCAGAUCCAGAGACAGGUCCUCACGGAUCGCGGGCUCGCAACCUCCUGGUGGGCCAUGUUUACCAAACCUACCUACCGGAAGAGGUCGUUCAUGGGGCUUUUCGUGACGGUGGGCAUCCAGAUGACCGGCCCGUUCGUCAUGAACAACUACGGUCCAACACUCUAUCGAGGCCUCGGCUAUGACACGGACAAGCAACUGGUCUAUCAGGUCGGCUGGAUUACCGUGGCUUUCGGCGGUGCCUUGGCGUCCCUGUUCGCCAUCGAAAUGGUCUCACGCCCGGCCAUCAUCGCGGGCGGGAUUCUCGGAUGCGUGGCGUGUCUGACGGUCGAAUGCGCCCUAGUCGCCAGCUAUGCCACCAGUGCCGGCGACCUGGCGAAUCCGAACCCGGACGCGCUGAGGGCGGCCGUUUCCAUGCUCUUCCUCUACAUCUUCUGGUUCGAGAUGACGGUCGACGGAGGCCAAUUCGUGUACUUGGGCGAAAUCUUCCCGACCCAUCUCCGGGCCAAGGGCAUCGCACUGGGCAUGGCGGGCCUCUGUGCCACCAACAUCGUCUGGCUCCAGGUGGCGCCACUGGCCUUCUCCAGCAUUGGCUGGAAGUUCUACCUCUGCUUCGUCGUCCCGGGCUUUCUCUGCGGAGUCGUCAUCUGGGUCUUCUUCCCCGAGACUCGGGGUGUGCCUCUCGAGAGCAUCGCGGCCAUUUUCGGGGACAGUGCCGAGCUGUACGACUUUACCCUGCAGGGAAAACAGGAUGAGGAACAUGCCGAGAUCGAGGUCAGCGUCGCGGACAAGGCUGAAGCGACGGUAACGAGCAAACAUUUUGAAAACGCCUAA